AUGGCUGCUAAGCUUGGGCAUCUAGCCCAAGGAGCUGCAUCAAUACUUUGCCUGUUGAUUUUCUUUGCAGAGCCGUCUGAUUCCGGUGCUCAGGCAAGGGUAUCAGGUGGGGCUGGAACCUGCAUCAGCAGGGAGCGGGAUGCGCUUCUGUCCUUCAAGGCGGGCCUUCUAGACCCUGCUGGCCGUCUCUCGUCAUGGCAGGGUGAAGAUUGCUGUCAGUGGGCGGGAGUCCGGUGCAGCAGCAGAACGGGCCAUGUCGUAAAGCUCGACCUCUGCAACAACUACGUAGUAAGUUCCUUCCAAGGUUUGUACAAGUCCAACAGCCUGAGCUUGUUGAGAAAUGAGAUGAGCUCUUCUUUGGCUGCUUUGCAACAGUUGAGGUAUCUUGACAUGAGUUACAAUGAAUUCAACCACACAAGCAUUCCUGCGUUCAUGGGCUCUCUGCAGAAGCUAAGGUAUCUCAAUCUCUCGUCGUCAGGUUUCAGUGGGAGAAUAUCUUCCCAACUCAGUAAUCUCUCAAAUUUGAAAUAUCUUGAUGUUAGUGGGGGUUACAAUGAUCUGCACGCAGUAGAUCUUGCAUGGUUGUCACGUCUAUCACUGUUGAGUUAUGUUGACAUGAGCGGAGUGGACCUCCUUGCUGUGCGGGAUUGGUUUCACAUGGUUAACAUGCUUUCUUCUCUAAGAGUGCUUCGUUUAGCAAAUUGCGGCCUUACCCGCACAGUGUCUGCUACUUCAAAAUCAAAUCUCACACAUCUCCAAGUCCUUGAUCUAUCAUCCAACUCAUUUGACGCAACACUAGAGCAUAACUGGUUCUUCUGGGAUCUCACAAGCCUGAAGGAGCUUCACCUCUCCCAUUGUGAGUGGCAUGGACCUAUUCCUGAACAAUUGGCAAACAUGACAUCCCUUGAAGUAAUUGAUUUUAGUGCAAAUGAUCUUGUGGGUUUGAUACCGAGCAACUUAGAAAACUUGUGCAGUUUGAAAGUGCUGAAUUUUGAUGAUAACAACAUUGAUGUGAGUAUUGGGGAGUUCAUGGAUCGGUUGCCAUGGUGCUCAUGGAGUACAUUACAGAAGUUGUCAAUGAGGAAUACGACUAUGACCGGAAACCUGCCGCUAGAAGUUGGAGCACUUGGUAACUUGACAUUGUUGAGUCUUGGCAAUAAUAAACUCGACGGUGUGCUCGUGAAGGAACAUUUUUCAGGCUUAUUGAAUUUAGAGUACCUGGACUUGUCGGACAACUCCUUGAAAAUGGAUAUUGAACCAAGUUGGGUUCCUCCAUUUAGACUAAAGCACAUAAAUUUAGAGUCAUGCACAGUAGGCCCCCGUUUUCCAGAGUGGCUUAGAUGGCAAACUCGCGUUGAUUAUCUUCUUCUUGGAAAUACAAGUUUGGAUGAUGUUAUUCCUGAUUGGUUUUGGGUGACAUUUUCCCAAGCUUCAGCUUUGGAUGCAUCAGAAAACAUGUUGCGUGGUUCAUUACCGUCAAAUCUACAGCACAUGUCAGCCAACAGUAUUGAUCUGGGGUCAAACAAUCUUACAGGUCUAGUUCCACGGCUAUUCCCUCUAAAUAUAACAAGCUUGGAUCUCUCUUCGAACUCUUUCUCAGGGUCAUUGCCAGCAGAGCUAAAAGCACCACAAAUUUUUAUGUUGUCAUUGGCAGAUAAUAAAAUUACAGGCACCAUUCCAUCAUCUAUGUGCCAAUUGACUAGUCUAGCACGGUUGGACUUGUCAAGAAACAAAUUAACAGGAGAUGUUGUGCAGUGUUGGAAGGAGUCAGAUAACAGUUCUUCAGUGUCCAGAGCAAACUCUGCUGAUCAGUUUGGUUCUCGGAUGUAUAGUCUACGCUUGAGCAACAAUGGUCUCUCAGGUGAAUUCCCUAAAUUUCUUUAG